CAGGCAGCCAUUGUCAACCACCCACUGGCCAACUGCCCAUGAGCCCUACAUCAUCGCCGCGGCAGCCCGGUGCGGGCGCCGCCGCCGGCGCGGCGCGGCACGCCGCGUUCAAGGUCCACAGGGACUCCCACAGUAUACACAAGGCCACCUCGCCGUCGCCGCUCUCCUCGGGCUCAGGAUCGACCAACUCGUCCGUGUCGUCGUCGUCCAAUGCCAUAAUCACCAGCAGCAGCCACCACCACCGGCCGGCCCCGGCGCCGCAGCCGCAGCCGCCAAUAAGGCAGCAGCAACCGGUAAUCAUCUACACGCACUCGCCCAAGGUGAUCCGCACCAACCCGCGCGACUUCAUGUCCAUCGUGCAGAAGCUCACCGGCCUCGACAGUCGCCACGGCCGUGGCGCGCCCCGCUCGGGGUCAGUCGUCGCCGCGGCCCCGCAGGACGAGUCGUCUUCGUCCUCGUCCGAGAGCUGCGCCAACAACACCCACGCCGUGGGGCCGCCUCCCUACGUGGACUCGCAGCUGAUGCCGCCGCCGCCCGCGGCCCCGCCGCUGGACGCGCACUUCAUGGCGCCCGACAUCCCGCUGCUGUUCGCGCCCGACGCCGCAGCAUCAGACCUGCAGCAGCUCUGCGCGCCGAGGGGGCUCUACGGCCAGUUCCCGCCGGUGGUCGACACCGCCGCGGCGAUCGGCCCAGUGAUGUCGACGAACAUGAACAGCGCCGCCAGCAACGGUGGGGCCGUGUUCUCCCCGUCGAUGGUGGAGACAGUGAGAACGUUUUCGCGCUAUAAUUAGGCAGUAUUUUUUUAAAAAAAAAUCUUGUCCGUGCAUGAAUCAGGCGAUGAUGCAGCGAUGCAGGAGCCGUUGCUAUGCCAUGUGCAAUAACCGGAGGUUCAUUUUCGCUGGAUCUUUUUCUUGUCAUGGCUGAUAACGUGAAUGUGUAGUAGUAGACGAAACAAAAAGAGUCCCUGAGUAGGAAAUGAUGAAGUUAGUUAUCGCUUGAUUUUUUUUAAACUAGUUAUAGCGCUUGAUUCUAUUCCAUGAAAUCCGUAUAAGUCUUUUUUUUUGUUAUUUUAGUUCCAUCUCACAUGGAGAAUGUCCCUUCACUCAUAUGUAUCCUAGAGUGUGAGAUGGGCGUGAUAAAGGUUUUCUU